AUAAUAAGCUUUCCAUCUGAAUUUCCCUCUGUCUUCUGUAGACUGAAACAAGAACAAGAGUAUGUACGUGAUGAGUUUGGCAAAAUCCUGGAACGAGAAAGGGUUUCUUCAAAUGAGCAUCUGACCCGAGCCAUUCUUCGUGAGAGAGCUGCAACAGAAGAGGAGCGUCAGAAGGCGCAGCGCUUUGCCAGGCAGCUGGAAGAGAAAGACAGAGAACUAAAGAAGCAUGAUGCCUACUACAAAGAGCAGCUGGCUCGGCUGGAAGAAAGGAGUGCCCAAUUCUACAAAGUAACCACAGAGCAAUACCAGAAAGCUGCCGACGAAGUGUCAGCCCGGUUCAAGCGAUAUGAGACUCAACCAGUCUGUGCUGAUCUUCAGGGCAAAAUUCUGCAGUGUUACCAGCAACAUGCUCAGGAGACCCUCAGCUGCUCUGCACUGGCUAGCCAGUACCUGCAUUGUGUCAAUCAUGCCAAACAGCAGAGCAUGCUUGGGAGAGGAGGAUAAAGGCAUUGUCCAAAUCGAGCACAAGACCAUCAACUCUAAUUUCAGCAGAAGAGCAUUUUUUCCCAAGAAUGAUAUGACAGCCCAUUUACAGGGCAGACCAAUAAAGAGAAGAACUGGAAGAGCCAUUUCAAGAGCAGCAGCCAUCACGGCUCAAUCAGUGUGGCCAUUUGAAAAGCCAAGACCUAUAUCUUAUUACAUCAGAAAUCAUACAUCCGAAGACACUGUUCAGUCUUAGUAAAAUCCACUUAUUGGUGAUUGAAGAAAGGAAAAGAAAAGAACCUCUCACUGACCUUAGAAAGGGGAAAUAUCCUUCAAAUGCUGCUAUUUCAUUGCAGAAUCUCCUCAAAAACUUCUCACUGUCAAAGACAUGGGUAUGUAACACUUGGUGUGCCGGGAUGUGGCAGUGCAUUGUAAGUCAGCUGCUGCUCCUCGCCGUAUUUGUUGCUUAUAUAAAGUUUUUCUUACAGUGGAUAAUGACAUAAAUUUUACUUUAACUUAUUUCACAAAUGAUGUAGUCUAAUGAAGUCUCUCAUCAGGCCUUCUGCUGGAAUGAUGUUAAUGAUCCAACGCUUACGAUUUAACACGGCCUUUAUGAAAUGAUUCUGUUGUGCUCUUCACUCUGAUAAAGUACUGAUGGAUAUGCCUCGUUCUGUACCAACAAUAAAUAUAUUUUAUGAACAAA